AUGGCUGAGGGUGAGGAUAUGCAAACCUUCACUUCCAUCAUGGAUGCACUGGUCCGCAUCAGUACGAGCAUGAAGAACAUGGAGAAGGAGCUGCUGUGCCCGGUGUGUCAAGAGAUGUACAAGCAGCCACUGGUGCUGCCCUGCGCCCACAAUGUGUGCCAGGCCUGUGCCCGGGAGCUGCUGGGCCAGCAGGGCUACAUAGGCCCUGGUGGGGACCCCAGCUCCGAGCCCACCUCUCCUGCCUCCACCCCGUCCACCCGAAGCCCCCGCCUCUCCCGCAGAACUCUCCCCAAGCCUGACCGCCUGGAUCGGCUGCUUAAGUCAGGCUUUGGGACGUAUCCCGGCCGGAAGCGCGGUGCUCUGCACCCCCAGGUGCUCAUGUUCCCGUGCCCAGCCUGCCAGGGUGAUGUGGAGCUGGGGGAGCGGGGCCUGGCGGGGCUGUUCCGGAACCUGACCCUGGAGCGUGUGGUGGAGCGCUACCGCCAGAGCGUGAGUGUGGGCGGCGCCAUCCUGUGCCAGCUGUGCAAGCCGCCGCCGCUAGAGGCCACCAAGGGCUGCACCGAGUGCCGGGCCACCUUCUGCAACGAGUGUUUCAAGCUCUUCCACCCCUGGGGCACCCAGAAGGCCCAGCACGAGCCCACCCUGCCCACCCUCUCCUUCCGCCCCAAGGGCCUGAUGUGCCCGGACCACAAGGAAGAGGUGACCCAUUACUGCAAGACAUGCCAACGGCUGGUGUGCCAACUCUGCCGGGUGAGGCGCACCCACGGUGGGCACAAGAUCACCCCAGUGCUCAGCGCCUACCAGGCCCUCAAGGACAAGCUGACAAAGAGCCUGACAUACAUCCUGGGAAACCAGGACACAGUACAGACCCAGAUCUGUGAGCUGGAAGAGACCGUGAGGCACACUGAGGUGAGUGGUCAGCAGGCCAAGGAGGAGGUGUCCCAGCUGGUGCGGGGCCUGGGGGCUGUGCUGGACGAGAAGCGAGCAUCACUGCUUCAGGCCAUUGAGGAGUGCCAGCAGGAGCGCCUAGCCCGUCUCAGCGCCCAGAUCCAGGAGCACCGGAGCCUGCUGGAUGGCUCGGGUCUAGUGGGCUAUGCCCAGGAGGUUCUUAAGGAAACAGACCAGCCUUGCUUUGUGCAAGCAGCCAAGCAGCUGCACAGCAGGAUUGCCCGAGCUACGGAGGCCCUCCAGACGUUCCGGCCAGCUGCCGGCUCCUCCUUCCGCCAUUGUCAGUUGGACGUAGGGCGCGAGAUGAAGCUGCUGACAGAGCUUAACUUCCUGCAAGUGCCCGAGGCUCCCGUCAUCGACACGCAGCGCACCUUCGCCUAUGACCAGAUAUUCCUGUGCUGGCGGCUGCCUCCCCACUCGCCACCUGCCUGGCACUACACCAUCGAGUUCCGGCGCACCGAUGCGCCUGCCCAGCCGGGUCCCGCCCGCUGGCAGCGGCGAGAGGAGGUGAGGGGCACCAGUGCCCUGCUGGAGAACCCAGACACAGGCUCUGUGUACGUGCUGCGCGUCCGGGGCUGCAACAAGGCCGGCUACGGCGAGUACAGUGAGGACGUGCACCUGCACACGCCCCCGGCACCCGUCCUGCACUUCUUCCUCGAUGGCCGCUGGGGCACAAGCCGAGAGCGGCUGGCCAUCAGCAAGGACCAGCGAGCAGUGCGGAGUGUCCCGGGGCUGCCCCUGCUGCUGGCUGCUGAGCGGCUGCUCACUGGCUGCCACCUGAGCGUGGACGUGGUCCUGGGAGAUGUGGCCGUGACCCAGGGCCGCAGCUACUGGGCCUGUGCCGUCGACCCAGCCUCCUACUUGGUCAAGGUGGGCGUCGGGCUGGAGAGCAAGCUUCAGGAGAGCUUCCAGGGCGCCCCCGAUGUGAUCAGCCCCAGGUACGAUCCGGACAGUGGGCACGACAGCGGUGCCGAGGAUGCCACGGUGGAGGCGUCCCCGCCCUUCGCUUUCCUGACCAUUGGCAUGGGAAAGAUCCUGCUGGGGUCCGGGGCCAGCUCCAACGCAGGGCUGACGGGGCGGGACGGCCCUGCAGCGAGCUGCACCGUGCCCCUGCCGCCCCGCCUGGGCAUCUGCCUGGACUAUGAGCGGGGCCGCGUGUCUUUCCUGGAUGCCGUGUCCUUCCGCGGGCUCCUGGAGUGCCCCCUGGACUGCUCGGGGCCUGUGUGCCCCGCCUUCUGCUUCAUUGGGGGUGGUGCAGUGCAACUCCAGGAGCCUGUGGGCACCAAGCCUGAGAGGAAGGUCACCAUCGGGGGCUUUGCCAAGCUCGACUGA